AUGUCCACCUCAAGGUCACAGACCGAGCAGGCGAGGAGCGGCCUCGACACGCUCUCCUCCGUAUGCUACACGAUACCCUGGCGGCCAAAGAAGAAGUCCAAGAGGACUCCGUCCACUUCCGGCGAGACAUCAAAAGACCCUUCGCCAUCGCCAUUCCCAGUCCUUGCCGAGUUCGAGGCCGACAGCGAUCCAGCCCGCGUCCGAUACGCCUCCUAUCAGAUCGCAAUUCAAAAGACAGAGGCGCUCUUCGAACGAUGUAUGGACGACGUGUACAGCUCUUUGUUCCACGACCUGCGCUCGUUCCUCAAGGCACAGCAAGGUUCGACGCAUCCCGAAGGAUCCACGUUGGCGCAGGUCGGGCUUGCGGAGGAGAACCUCUUCCUUCCUGGCUUCGAGAGCACUGACACGGCUCAAGCAGGUCCGAGCAGCACAGAUGGCUCGGCCAGAAGCAUCCCCACAGCACUCCUCAUAUCCACCUCGGCACCAUACCUUUCGUCCUUCUCCAAUCGCCUGGUCUCGGCGAUCUCAAACGCAAAUACAGACGGUCCGCCAAGCAUCGUCGUCACCCUCUCGGCCAGCGAAUGCUCCAAUCUGUACACAGCACUGCGACUCUUGGUAGCGCGGUUCAUCGCACAAGGCUCAUCCCUCGGCUCAACGGGCGAGGCAGAUCUGUCAGACGUCGAAGCGGCGGCGUUCGCAGGCAAGGUCGAGCCGGACCUUCACGUCCUCCGUUCCUGGUGGCAGCACAAAUUCGGUCUUUCCGGUGGUCCCAAGCUCGUCUUCAACCUGCCGACCAUCGAGGCGGUCGAACCGACCGUCCUCUCGGAUCUGCUCUCAGCCUUACAGACAUUUGUCGCCGACCCCUCGGCAAGAUCAUCGCCGCAACUACUCCUAGUACUCGGCAUCACAUCUCCCUCGGCGGGCCUCUCCACCGUCCCCACCUCGUCCACCUCGACCCUCGCAUCCUCCGCCCCGGCCCCGUGGAUCGACUACAUCCCGCGUUCCGUCCUGCGCGUGCUCGACAUCUCGCGCUUCUCCCUACCCAGCAAAGAGCUCGUCUGGUCUUCCCUUGUCCAGACGUUCCUCCUGUCCCGCCAUCUACCGCUGUCGUUGGGACCGUCGACGUUCGAAUACAUCCGCGAGACGUACUGGGAGCGGGAGGCCGAUCUCGACGCGCUGCUGGACGCGGUGCGGCUUGCAUUCUUCAUCCACUUCACAGGCAAACCCGAGUCGGUGUUCACCAUUCCGGGCCAGGCAGCGAGGGUGCGGUUCUACAGCUGGACACCGAAGUUCGUCGAGCGGGUCAAGAUGGCAUUUCUCACCACCAACGCUGACGGCCAAUUGGUGCUGCCGUUGCUCGCGGACGCGAGCCGGACGCAACUCGAUGUAGCACACUUUCUGGAAGAAGCAUCGCAGUCGGACCAGUUCAUCCUCUCGCAGCUGGACUCGUUGCGGCAUCCACGCGAGCUGCUGUGCUUUCGGCUCGAGUUGGCGGUUCGCUUCCUCAGUCGCGCGUUCGAUGCGCUGAUGCGAAUUCAGAGUCGCGCCACCACCGCAGCGCAAGCGCUGCACUCCCGUCACACCCCAACGGGGGCGCAGGCGGUGGAAGUGGACGAGCAGCGUCUAGCUGAACGCUCCGCCGAACUGCUCACACAGGUGGUGCUUCAAUGCCUCAAUUCGUCGGUCGGCUCGGUGGAGGGGAGGAAGGUGCCACCCGUGCUGACGUUGAGGAGCGGCUUGGCGCGGUUGUGCAAUGCAGCGCGCCGCUUGUUGAGCGACGAAUUUGAGACGUGGGUGGAUGAGUUGGUGGUUGCUGCCGAGGAGGAGGUGAGGCGGAUCGAAGAGGCGCUUCCCGAGGAGACGGAGGAGGUGGAAGAUCAAUUGCGCUCCGUCGGUGCAUCCAUUGGUGCGCAGAGUGCGGGGUUCCUAGCAGGUCUCCGAACGUUCCAACAGCGACUCUCGCAGACGAUCACCGCGGGCGACACAGGCAUGGAUGACGACAUGACGACGACCGCAGCCGAUGCCUCGGCGAAGAGAGAAGCCCGUCUGCAGCGCGUGCAACGCAAGCUCGUGAUGGAGGAAAAACUGCUCGGUCUCAAACGCGAGAUCACCGACUGGCUCCAAAGCGCCAUCCACGACCUAUCCGACUGGUCCUCGUCCGCCCAACCCCUGGCGCUACUGAAAGACGUCUUCUGGGUGGACUGCUACUCGCCGCUCUCAACGCUGCUCGACCCGUCCACACGCGCCGGCCUGACUCUGCCACUGGCCGAACCGAGGGAGUUCAUAGAGUCGCUCCAUGAUGCAGCGCUCAGCGUUGUACCGCAGGACGAGGUGGGUGGGAUCGAGGUCGGGGAGGUGGGGAUUAUGAGCGAGCCGGAUGUGUGUAGAGUGUUUGGGCUGUAUUUGGAGUGCGGCAAGUUUGUCAACUUGGGCGAUUGGUAUGAGGCUUUCAAGCAGAGUGUCGAGGCGGAUCGAGAGGAGGAAGAGGACGAGGUGGAGCCGAUGACGCCGUCGAAGAGGCGUACGAGGGUGGACCUGGACGAAGAGUCAGAUGAAACGGAUGUGUUGGAUACGCCGUCCAAGAAACGACCGCGUACAGCGCAGCUACCGAAAGGGUCUGCUGGAGGGCAAGGAGAAGGGAAGGUACCGGAAAGCGACCUGCAGAGCCGCUUUGCUUUGGCACUCAACGAGAUCGCUCGCAUGGGCAUGGUGCGCGGCACGCGCAGGAGACAGGAACACAUCACGAAGGUCAUGUGGGACCUCGUGCCCGACAGUUUUUAG